UAAACUCCACGCUCUCAGAUUCAAACUGUAGAUUUUUAUUACACAUUUUAACGUUAAGCAUCACUCUCCCCCCCCUCUCCCUAAAAAGGCCACCCAGGAAAAUAAAAUAAAAAACAACCCAGCUUUCAGCUCAGCCUAAUCUAAUCAACAAUUUCCUCUUUUAGCCGACAGCGUUGCCUCUAUUCUGGAUAUGAGAUGAUUUGUUGAGCUCAGCUGGAAACAACAUAAAGGCGUCUUUUUGUCGACACGAUCGGGAAGAGAAACUUUGACACCGUUAACAAUGCACACACACACACAUGAGUUUACAUUCACAUACAUCUGCAAAGAAUUUAUAUCACGUAGUUAUGGAGCAGACUGGAGAGAGAGAGCGAGAGAGAGAAAGUGUUCCUGAGCUGCUGUUUAUGUGUCCGUCCCUCCUGCAGCCAUACAUCGUGGAGAUCUGUGACAGCUUGAGAGGGAAGAUCUUCCACAAGUUCAUCGAGAGCGACAAAUUUACUCGUUUUUGCCAGUGGAAGAACGUAGAGCUCAACAUACAUCUGACCAUGAACGACUUCAGCGUGCAUCGGAUCAUCGGCAGAGGAGGCUUCGGCGAAGUGUACGGCUGCAGGAAGGCCGACACGGGGAAAAUGUACGCCAUGAAAUGUUUGGACAAGAAGAGGAUUAAGAUGAAGCAAGGCGAGACUCUGGCGUUGAACGAGAGAAUCAUGCUGUCGUUAGUGAGCACGGGGGACUGCCCGUUCAUCGUGUGUAUGACGUACGCCUUCCACACCCCCGAUAAACUCUGCUUCAUCCUGGACCUGAUGAACGGAGGAGACCUGCACUACCACUUGUCUCAGCACGGUGUCUUCAGUGAGAAAGAGAUGCGUUUCUACGCGGCUGAAAUCAUCCUCGGCCUCGAGCACAUGCACAACCGCUUCGUGGUCUACAGAGACCUCAAGCCAGCUAAUAUCCUGUUGGAUGAACAUGGACAUGUUCGUAUCUCUGAUCUCGGUCUGGCCUGCGACUUCUCCAAGAAGAAACCCCACGCUAGUGUUGGGACUCAUGGCUACAUGGCUCCAGAGGUUCUCCAGAAGGGAACAGCGUACGACAGCAGCGCUGACUGGUUCUCUUUAGGCUGCAUGCUGUUCAAACUGCUGCGAGGGCACAGUCCCUUCAGACAGCACAAGACCAAAGACAAACAUGAGAUUGACCGCAUGACGCUCACCAUGAAUGUGGAGCUGCCGGACUCGUUCACCGCCGAGCUCAAAGAUCUGCUGGAGGGUUUGCUGCAGAGAGACGUCUCUAAGAGGCUGGGCUGUCAGGGCAGAGGAGCCCCGGAGGUGAAGGAGCAUCAGUUUUUCAAAGGCAUCGACUGGCAGCAGGUGUAUCUGCAGAAGUACUCUCCUCCUUUAAUCCCUCCCAGAGGAGAGGUGAACGCCGCGGAUGCUUUCGACAUCGGCUCGUUCGAUGAGGAGGACACGAAGGGCAUCAAGCUGCUGGACAGUGACCAGGAGCUCUAUAAGAACUUCCCUCUGGUCAUAUCGGAGCGCUGGCAGCAGGAAGUGGCGGAGACGGUCUACGAGGCCGUUAACUCAGACACGGACAAGAACGAAGCUCGAAAGAGAGCCAAGAAUAAGCAGCUGGGCCACGAAGAAGACUACGCUCUGGGGAAGGACUGCAUAAUGCACGGCUACAUGUUGAAGCUGGGGAAUCCAUUCCUGACUCAGUGGCAGCGUAGAUACUUCUAUCUGUUCCCCAACCGUGUGGAGUGGAGGGGCGAGGGAGAGUCACGGCAAAACCUUCUGACGAUGGAGCAGAUCGUGACGGUGGAAGAGACGCAGAUUAAAGACAAGAAGUGCAUCCUGCUGCGCAUCAAAGGAGGGAAACAGUUCGUUCUGCAGUGUGAGAGUGAUCCAGAGUUCGUGCAGUGGAAGAAGGAGCUGACUGAAGCGUUCACAGAAGCCCAGAAGCUGCUGCGUCGCGCUCCUAAAGUUAUCGGGAAAGGCCGAGCCGGAGUGGUGGAGCUCUCCAAACCUCCACUCACACACCGCAAUAGCAACGGCCUGUGAAUACACACACACACAUAACAACCCACAUUAACACACACACACAAGCGCUCACACACACACACAGGCGCACACACACACAAGCUCUCACACAAACACACACACACACACACACUGCACCCCCCCUUCCUCUUACUCCUUCCUCAUCUUCAGCCACAGGACGAUUCCCCUCACCUUCAUCACCCCCGCCCGCCACACCUCGCAGUGUGUGUGCGGACCCCCAGCCCUCACACACACACUCGAUAUUAUGACCAAUCAUAAGCACGAUAUAGGUUUUUUUUUUGUCGUUUAUUUUCUGCCGUGGGACCUUGCCAGUUGCUGAGAGGAAGAACGGGACGAUGACGACGACGACGUUGAGGAGGAGGAGGAGAGAGAAACAAUACGGGACGACUCAGCAUGUGACGAACCUCUGCAUGAAUGUGACGCCCGCUCCUCUCUCCCUCCCUCCUCUCCCUCCCGUCUUCCUCCUUUUUUUUCUCCUCCUCUACUCUCCUCUCUUUAUCUUUCUCUCCCUCCUCUCUCUGACGGACAGCAUUCCUCUCCUCUUUGACUCUCUCUCUCCUCUGAGGCGAUGCCGAUGCUUCAGCGGCGGGGAACAUAUUUCUACAAGAAGGAUGAUAUUAAAAAAAAAAAACAAUAAAAAAAAGCUGCUCCCCUCCUCCUCCUCCCUCCAUCCUCCCAACCUCCUCCAUCCUCCCUCUGUUACUGAAGUGCAUAAAGUGCCAACAUCAAUAUUUACUUGAGUCAUCCGAGCACCCAGGAGGCACCUGCUUUUUGGUGGUAGUAAUCGCCUCCGGACACACACACAGGAUGAGGAGGAGGAGGUGCAGGGAGGAAGAGGAGGUGCAGGGAGGAAGAGGAGGCCGAUCAUUCCAGUGCAGUAAAAUAACCCGACGUACGAGGACCACAGACUCUUUAUCAGAUUGGCUCUUCCACAGCCCGGUUACCAUAGAGACUGAGACUGAGAUUCCAUUGGCUGACAAACAGCAGCCGGUUGCUAUGGGAACCCUGAAAGGACUGGUCUUACCUGGGGGAGGAGGAGGAGUAGGGGAAACAUGGACAACAGUGGACAACUAUUGUGUAUGAAGGAGGGAGGAGAAAAAGAGAGAUGAGAGGAUGAAGAGGAGGAUGUGAUGGAGUGACUCUGAGUGUAUAUAAACAACCCUUCUUCUUCUUCUUCUUCUUCUUCUUCUUCUUCUUCUUCUUCUUCUUCUUCUUCUUCUUCUUCUUCUUCUUCUUCUUCUUCUUCUUCUUCUUCUUCUUCUUCUUCUUCUUCUUCUUCUUCUUCUUCUUCUUCUUCUUCUCUGUGCAUCUCCUGUUGUUUUUAUUUUCUCUGUCUGCCUGUACGUGAAUCUGUCAGUUUGUCAGGGGCGAGGAAGAAGAAGAGGAGGAAGAAAAGAUGAAGAGAGGGAGGAAGAGGUGGUUUGUUUCCUGCUGGGAGGGAUGAAGGGAGGAGAGGAGGAGGUGUGUGUCUGACAGCUUUUCAAAAUCACACUUGCAGUGAGCGCCAACGCCAUCCAAAAAAAACCCUCCUUAGCCGGACUGUGUCAGUUUUGAAAAGAAACGGAGGCGAAGGACAAUAGAAAAAGUUUUUAAAAAAGAAAGUGGAGCUCUGUGUUUGUUUGCUAAAGAAGAAGAAGAGACAACAAUCCCAUCAUCGUCCUGCUCGCACACAAUCAAUCCAAUCAAUCAACCAGUCAAUCAAUCAUCCUAUUGUUAUGAUUUCAGUCAGCUGUUUGUAGGAUGUGAGAGUGCAGCAGAGGAGGAGGAAGGAGGGAUGAAGAAGCUGAAGCUAAUUAAAGGAAAAAGUCCACCUUAAAACAUGACAAACAGACCUGAUUCUGACGCUCUGUGAAGUUAUUUUACUUGUUAAAGGUUGAAAAUGUUAAAUUUGUGCCUCAUUGACACUCAGAGCCUGUAGUUCUGUAAUGAGUUGAGUUGGCCUACAUUUCCCAGAAUGCAGUAUGACAGCAUGUUGGACCUCCAAGGCAGAGAAAGCAACUCUAAAACAGUAAAAGUUGCAAACUCUUAUUCAAAAAUCCACCUUAAAACACGACAAACAGACCUGAUUCUGACGCUCUGUGAAGUUAUUUUACUUAUUAAAGGUUGAAAAUGUAAAAUUGUUGUAGUUCUUUAACAAAUUGAGUUGGCCUACAUUUCCCAGAAUGCAGUAUGACAGCAUGUUGGACCUUAAGGCAGAGAGAGCAACUCUAAAACAGUUUAAAUCGCAAACUUUUACUCUAAAAUCCAACAAACAGACCUGAUUCUGAAGCUCUGUGGAGUUAUUUUACUUAUUAAAGGUUGAAAUGUAGUUCUUUAACAAGUUGAGUUGGCCUACAUUUCCCAGAAUGCAGUAUGACAGCAUGUUGGACCUCAAGGUAGAAAGAGCAACAGUAAAACAGUUAAAGUUGCAAACUCUGACUCAAAAAUCCACCUUAAAAUCCACCAAACAGACCUUAUACUGAAGCUCUAUGGCGUUAUUGACUCAUUGACACUCAGAGCCUGUAGUUCUGUAAUGAGUUGAGGUGGCCUACAUUUCCCAGAAUGCAGAAUGACAGCAUGUUGGACCUCCAGGUAGAGAGAGCAACUCUAAAACUGUAAAUUAGAUCUUAAUGUUGAGUAAAGUAGCAGCGACAUCACCUCCAAACUAACUUUAACUAAAAAAAUGUUUCUUAGUUUACUCUCUAUAUUUAAAGGUGUAAAUGAGUCUAAAACCAAGAGUUUAAUCUGUAGGUGCAAAUAAAUAAAUAAAAUAGGAAUAACAGUUUGGUUUAAACAUUAAAAAAACAUAAAAAAUAUAUCUAGAAUUAUUACCUGAGACUAAAGUAGUAAACAAGCAAACAGAGAAGCUGAAAUAAAGUGUGGUAGAAAGUAAAACUCAUGGUAGUAAUAAUAAUAUUACUGCUGUUAAUUAACAUUCAUUGUCUGUAUAUGUAAAGUUACAGCUGGUGUUUGAGCUUCUUCAGCAGAGAUAAAAAAUGUUAAAACCUGCUUUAUUACUGAACUUCAUAGUUGAAUUUAUGAGUAUUUACACACACAAAAAAACUACAACUCCCAUUAAAUGUACUACAAGUUAAUAUUCUAGCUUCCUGUGCAGCGUUUAACAGCAGGAAAAGGAUCAUAGGAGAAGUCAAAUUCACUUUAUUCUGCAUCAUAACAGUAAAAAGUUCAACUGGCUGAAUAUUCAUCAUUUUAGUUGUUUUGUCCUUAAAUUAGAAAUUAAAAUCACUCAUUUUACUUCUAAAGUUCACAUAUAUUAAGUGGCUUAAAGUCUGUGUUUAGAGAUAUUUGCAGGGUCGGUGUUGAAGUUUAUAAUAAUGAACCUAAACACACCCUGAUGGAUUACAGCUGUUAAAACCAAAAGUAUUAAAAUGUGUGUUUUUUGUAAACUCAAACAUUGUCACAUCGUCGGCGUAUCGAGAAAAAUCAACAUGACAAAAACCUGAGAUCAGGUUUAGGACUUUUUCUUUUAGUAGUUUUUGUUAUAACAUGAGUUCAAAGUGAUUUUUUUAGGUUUGAGUUUUCUUUGAUUUCUCUGCGCGUACCUGCAGGAACCAACAACCAAUCAGCAGCAGCGUCAGUUCAUUUCCUGUUUGGAUUGUUUCACGGUGGAGUUUUUUUUUUUUCUUCCUCAAAUUACGAUUUAAUUGCAUUUAUUAUUUUUUUGUUGUUGUGGUUUUUCUUGAAUGUGACACAGUUCAGAUGAGGUGAAAUGUGCUUUUUUUUUUUUUUAAAUAAUGGCCAGCGGAAACAUGCAGGCAGCAGCUGAGGAAGAUGAAGAGGAAGCUUUUUUGUCGGAUACGUUCAUAAAAUAUUUCAGGGUUUUUAUUUUCCAUGCAGUACAGUGUCCUUGUCUGUGAUGUCAUGCAUUUCCACAGCUGUGAUGUAUGUGACCUGCAGUAGGAAAGGCUUGAUUAUUAGGGGUGCAUUGUGAUUUAUUACUUCUUUUCUUUUCUUCUUUCUCUUCUCUUUUCUUUUGUAGCCUUUAACAGUCGGAGCGGAGGAGAAAAUCGAUCGUCUUAUAGAGAAAUUUUGUCACCUUUAAUCUCAAAGGUGUCUUUUAUUUUUGUAAACCAAAAUGGUUUUUAUUGUUUUCAUUGAAACUUUUACGUUUGUUGCACCUUUUUAAUUCUUUAGCCCAAAAUGUGUUACUUACAGAGAAGAAAAAAAUACAAAAAAGGAAAAAAAAAAGUUGUUAAAUGUGCCAAAUAACUGUUUGCUGAUUGAGUGGAACCAAUGGGAAGCCUCCUUUUUUUUUUUUUUUUUUGACCCUUCUCACCACGGACUCACAGCAGCCGCACAAAAUAACACACACACAAAAAGACGCACACACACAUGAACUUAACGGUGGAGCUUCUGUAACGUUUGAAGGGUAAAAAACUGUGACCAAACUUUUUCUUUAUUUUUUAGAAAUGAAAUAUGUGUGUGUGUGUGCGCGCUCCAGCUUUCAAAACAUGUUGCCAUCAGGACUCAAACACACACACACACACAUACAUGAACACACACACACACACACACACACACACAUAUAAAUAAACACACACACACACAUUCAGCUCGCUCUUGCUCGCUCCUAAAACUUAAAAAAAACAUAAAAAUAAAGGUUUCUUUCACACUGUAUGUAUGUUAUUAUAACGUGAGCGUGUGUGUGUGAGAGCAUACGUUGCGCUUCAUUAUCCGCUUUGUAUGUUCGUUCGGUGGAUUUCUAAAAAAAAUGUUUUUUGUUUUUUUUAAGUUUUUUUUGUCAUACACACACAUUCAACCACACACACACACACACACGAGACAAUUAAAAAAAACAAAGGAUGGCAUAUAGGAAAAUUAAAAAAUCAAAAAGUAUAUAUAGAUAUAUGUGUAUAUGAAAUGACAAAAAUGCUCUAGGUUUAUUUAAAAGAUUUAAUGUAGAAAAACAAAUUUGUUUCGGAGAGGGGGGGAAGGGAAGUGGGGGUGAGGAGGGUUUUGGGUUUUUUUUGUUUUGUUUUUUUUUCUGAUGUGAGUUCUAAUUGUUUUUGGUGAAGACUUCAGCUCGAAUCUUGCACAUAAAAAAGAGAAAAAAGACUUUAGAUAUUGUACCUGCGAGUUCAAGAUGAUUAUUUUUGUUUGAAUACCGGACUCCUGCUCUUUCAUAUAUUUAUUGCGUCUCUCUCUCUCUCUCUCUCUCUCUCUCUCUCUCUCUCUCUCUCUCUCUCUCUCUCUCUCUCUCUCUCUCUCUCUCUCUCUCUCUCUCUCUCUCUCUCUCUCUCUCUCUCUCUCUCUCUCUCUCUCUCUCUCUCGGGCAGGGAAAGGGGGGGUGGGUUGAGGAGGAGGAGGAAGAGUGAGGAAAUCUCGCUGUUUUUCUCUCCUUCCCCCCCAAAAACAAAAUGUGUUGUAUGAGCUCUCAGCUGAGACUCGCUGUAGAGAAAUCUCCGGUUUACACCAUCAGAUCCUGUUUGUUUAUUAUUUUAUAUUUUAUUUUAUUUUAUUUUAUUUUAUUUUUCAUAUGCCACAAACACAAAUACUACUGGCUUUUGGGUUAUUAUUGCCAAUAAGGUUAUGAUAAUACUGAUAUAUAUAAUUGAUAAUUAUUCAGUGAUUAUUAUUAAAUUUAUUUUAUUUCAAUGAUUUUUUUUUUUUGCUGUUUUAUUUUGUUGAGACAGGUAGGAAGUUGCGUGUUGGACUGCUUGUAUAAACAGUUCAUGAAUAAAAAUCCUUUUUCCGUGUU